AUGUAUUUCCAAUUGCAACGUCUUCUUGCUGCCGACGAAGCUGCUCGUUCUGAGCUGCUUUUACAACUUUACGUCAGCGUCAUGGCUCGUGUUACCAUGGCUCAAAAGACUUUUACCACGCUCGUAUGGCUGAGUAGUGUCGCCUCGACACAGGCCACUCCCCAAGUCACGCUUCCUGGCUAUGGGAGCUUUGUCGGUACGACUAUCUCGCAGACGCUGACCAAGAAGCCGCUGCCAAAGGCCGUGGAUGCCUGGCUUGGUAUCGAUUAUGUCUCGCAGCCUGUUGGAGAAGCACGGUUCGCGCCUGUUGGACCCCCGGAACCGUUUGAGGGUGUGAAGAAUGCGACCCAAUAUGGAUUUUCGUGCCAUCAGGACCCGCUGGAUAUCACGUACGAGGUCAAUGAGGCGUGUUUGAGCAUGAAUGUGUUUCGUCCGCAGAACAUAUCGACACAUGAGAAACUACCUGUGCUUGUGUGGAUUCAUGGUGUAAACUCCUUCGGCUUCCUCCCCUCGCCCGUCUUCGAGCGCCUAGGCCUCCUAAACCUAGGUCUUCGAGACCAGCAAUCCCUCCUGGAAUUUGUGCAAAAAUACAUUUCGCAAUUCGGCGGCGAUGCAUCCCGCGUCACGCUGGGCGGCCGCUCCGCAGGCGCCCACUCGACGGCCAUCCACCUCUUCCACAACUACAACGCUUCAGAGGGUGCCUCCCCACUCUUCUCCCAGGCCAUUCUGCAAUCCGGCAGCGUAACCGCGCGGUCCUUCCCAAACGCCUCGUACCCGCUCUACCAACAGCAGUUUAGUCGCUACCUCUCCCUCGCAGGCUGCGCCUCGGCCGCAAAUAGCUCCGACACAGCCAUCCUCGCCUGCCUGCGCGCCGCCCCCGUUUCCGCCCUGGAAAAUGCAAGCGCUCAGAUCUGGCGGGCCUCCGAAUACAGCAUCAGGUGGCCCUUCCAGCCCACACGGGGCGGGUUUUUACUCGAAAAAGCAGGCUCGCAAGCAGGCCGAGACGGCCUCUUCUAUCGUAUCCCGACCAUUACCACAAACGUGCUUGACGAAGCAAAAUACUACUCGCCCGGUAACAUUUCCACAAACGCACAAUUCCUAUCUUACCUGCACACCCUCAUCCCGGGCCUCACCGCUUCCGACCUCGAAGAUGUCGAGCAGCUCUAUCCAGACCCGGACCUCGAUCCUACCAACGGGCCCUACGCAUUCAGCCCCAACUCGACACAGUACAACCGUCUCUCGGCCGCGCUCACGGAUUACAUGUACGUCUGCCCUGGCCAGGAAACCGCAGUCCGCAUGGCGGAACUAGGCGCGCCCGUGUUCAAGGCGGCGUGGGCGGUGAAUAAUACCUUUCCGGCGUGGAAGGGCGUGCCGCAUACGGCCGACACCAAAUAUACGUGGGCGGAGCCCGCGGGCGCGGGUGGGGUCCAGUAUCCAGACGUGGGCAAGCAAGUGCUACAUGCGUUUUUCUCGGAUUUCGUCGCCUUGGGCGCGAGUCCGGCUAAGGGGAGGAGGGAGGGUGUGCCGGUUUGGCCAAGGUAUGAGGAGAAGGAGGGUAUGCCCGGGUUGCAGUUGAGGAUUGAGGCGUUUGGGAAUAGUCGGGUUGAGGGGGAUGGGGUGAGGAGGGUGCAGUGUGAGUGGUGGAGGGAUGAGGAGAGGGCGGCGAGGUUGGAGAAGUGA